CUAAUGAGACCUUCAAAUAACCUGCUACAGAUUUUUAAGAAACAGAUCAAAUAUUAUGCAUGGUAAUAUUGUUUACCGGGUGUGCAUGUAUGUGUCGAGAAAGGGGAAAUGAUCAACCCUUGGCACACUGGUUUGUCUUGCUGAGGAUGGAGCCCUCACACAGGCUGGACAAGUACUCUACCACCAAGUCACGCCCCCUAGCCCCUCACUGGGGGAUUCUAGACAGGCACUCUACUACUAAACUAUGUGCCUAGUCUUCUCUCCAGGCCCAGAACCUUCCACUUGCAGUUCCGGGAUCAAAGGAAGCUGUUCCGGGGCCAGGAGGUCUGGAUUCCAAGAACUAUGGUUCCAGGGUUCCUUGGCUGACGGCUGACAUAGAUGCCCGGGAGCUGGCCCGGAACCGGCUUCCUCACUGCAACUGAUGGCCCAUGGCCUCCGCCCCGCCCACCUGACGCAAUACCGGAAGUCUGUCUUUCGCUAGCAGGGUCCUCCCACGAGAUGUGGCACCGGAAGCCGGCCCCUCAUGCUCCAAGUUCUCCCACGUGACGCAGCCGGGGCGUGGGAGGGAUGUGCUGGGGCGGGAGGGAGGAGUGAGAGCGAGACAGACGUCGUUCGGUCACAUGACACAUCAUGUGACACCACCCGGAAGUCCGCGACUCGCUUCGGGCACCGGUGGCCUCUAAGCUGCGUCAGGAUGUUCUCGGCGGGCGCGGAGAGUCUGCUGCACCAGGCCAGGGAGAUACAGGAUGAGGAGCUGCAUCGAUUCUGCACCCGGGUCACUAAGCUGCUGCAGGAACCCCCUGGGCCAGCCACCAUGGAUGCCCUGCAGAGGCUCUCGCUCAUUGUCUCAGCCACCAAGUACCCCCGGAGGCUGGAGAAGAUGUGUCUGGACCUGUUGCAGACCACCCUCUGUUUGCCCACAAGCCCUGAGCAGCUUCAGGGCCUGUGUGCCGCUAUCUUGAGAGAGAUGUCACCUUUUGAUGACCUGGCCCUGUCCUGUGAUCACACCCAAAACACCCGGCAGCUCAGCCUUUUGGCCUCUGUGCUAUUGGCCCAGGGAGACAGAAAAGGAGAGAUCAGAUGUGUGAGCCAGCGCAUCUUCAAGAUCCUUGAGAACCGGCAGCCCGAGGGCCCCAGUGUCAGGCACCUCCUCCCUGUCCUGUCCAAGGUCAUUGGCCUGGCCCCAGGCACCCUCAUGGAAGGUACUGGACACUUCUUCCCAAAAGGCCUUCUUGGCUCCUUUCCCACAGCAACUGACUCUAGGGUGUGGUGGAAGGAGGGUUACACUGUUGGAGAACCCUGCAUAACUUCCCAGGUUGUACCCAUGGUGUGGGGGUCUGUUGAGCCCCAUUUUCUCUUGAGCAAACUCGCCACCACCUGGGAACCUAGAGGCUUGACUUUCCAUCACUGCACCCCUCCCCUUCCUACAGACCAGACCAACCUGCUCAGCAAAAGGCUAGUGGACUGGCUGCGCUACGCCAGCAUCCAGCAAGGGCUUCCGUACUCAGGGGGCUUCUUCUCUACACCCAGGACCCGGCAGCCAGGUCCCAUCACUGAGGUGGAUGGAGCAGUGGCUUCUGACUUCUUCACGGUACUCUCCACGGGCCAGCACUUCACAGAGGACCAGUGGCUGAACAUGCAGGCCUUCUCUAUGCUUCGGAAGUGGCUGCUGCACAGUGGCCCUGAGGACCCAGGCAGUCCAGAUGCAGAUGACAAGUCAGAGCUGGAGGGCUCCACCUUGUCUGUGCUGUCCGCCACCUCCACUGCCAGCCGCCUGCUGCCCCCUCGGGAGCGGCUGAGAGAGGUGGCCUUCGAGUACUGCCAGCGCCUGUUAGAACAGAGUAACCGGAGAGCCUUGAGGAAGGGGGACUCCGACCUACAGAAAGCUUGCCUGGUGGAAGCUGUGUUGGUGCUCGACGUGCUGUGUCGGCAGGACCCCUCCUUCCUUUACCGCACCCUCUCCUGCCUGAAGGCCCUGCAUAGGAGGCUGGGUGAAGACCCUGGCAGUGAGCGGGCACUGGUGCCCCUUGCUCAGUUCUUCCUGAACCAUGGGGAGGCGGCCGCCAUGGAUGCAGAAGCCAUCUACCAGCACCUGCUCAGCAGGCUCCCUUCCGAGCGCUUCUACAGCCCGACCCUGGCCUUCGAGGUCAUACACUUCUGCACACACAACCUGACUCUGUUUGACCCCCACUUCCUCAACCUUCUCAGGUUGAGCUUCCCUAGUCUGUUCAAGUUCCUGGCUUGGAACAGCCCUCCCCUCACAGCCGAGUUCAUGGUACUCCUCCCAGCUCUGGUGGAUGCUGGCACGGCCGUGGAGAUGUUACACGCCCUACUUGACCUGCCCUGCCUGACUGCUGCCCUGGACCUACAGCUCAGGUCCACACAGACCCCAUCAGAAAGGCCACUUUGGGAUGUCUCCCUCAAGAUUCCUAGCUGCCUGGAGGCCUUCCGGGACCCACAGCUCCAGGGACUCUUCCGCCACCUGCUUCGUACCAAGGCCAGCGGCUCCACAGAGAGACUGAUGCCACUUCACCAGCUGCUGAAGCCCAUGGCCAGCUGUGCCCGGGUAACCCAGUGUGCAGAGGCAGUACCCAUCCUGCUUCAGGCCUUCUUCUCAGCCGUGACCCAGUUUGCUGACGGGGCCCUGAUCAACCAGCUGGCGCUGCUGCUCCUGGACAGAAGUGACUCCCUCUACCAGGUCCCUCAGUAUGAGGCCCAUGUGCACAGGAUGCUGAGCUCCCAGUUCCUGGUGCUGUGCAAGCUGAAGCCAUCGCUGGUAGUGGAGCUGUCCCGAGAGCUUCUAGAGUUCAUGGGGAGUGUGAGCAGCAUCUGCAGCCGAGCCAGCAUGUUCACCUGUGUGGUGUGGGCCAUUGGCGAGUACCUGUCGGUGACCUGUGACAAGAGAUGCACAGUGGAGCAGAUCAACAGGUUCUUUGAAGCCCUGGAGGCCCUGCUGUUCGAAGUCACCCAGUCCCGUCCCUCGGCCGACCUGCCCUGCUGUCCCCCACAGGUGGUCACUGCACUCAUGACCACGCUGACCAAGCUGGCCUCCCGGAGCCAAGACCUGAUCCCAAGGGUGUCACUGUUCCUGUCAAAAAUUCGGACCCUGGCCCAGAACCCAGCCACCAACUCUGAGCACAGUGAGGAGGAGGCAGAAGCCAUCCGUACCCGGGCCACAGAGCUACUGGCUCUCCUGAAGAUGCCCAGUGUGGCCCAGUUUGUGUUCACACCCACUGCAGGCGUGUGCCAGCCCCGCUACCACCGAGACACCAACACGGCCCUGCCUCUGGCCCUGCACACUGUCAGCCGGCUGGUGGAGAAGGAGGCUGGCCUCUUGCCAGGUUGAAGGGACAGUCACCACCUGAACACUGGCUACAGCUUAAGAGCCUGAGCGGUCAGCCUGAUAUCAGAGCUGAGCUGCAGGCUUGGGUGACUAGAGUGGGGAGGAAGUGGACAUGGCCCUCAAGAUGACAUCGCUAGCUCCUGGGGAUGAGUCAUCCAGCCUUGUCCCUGUGGCUGGCUGCACUCAGCCUUGAGCAGCUGAGAGAUGACUGAGCACCGUUUCCCAGGCUGAGCAGAAGUGGCCCGGUCUGCUCACUGCUGUUAACUCAUUUCUAGAGUUAGGGGCAAGAAGCAGUACAGGAACAAUAAUAAACUUCAUAAAAUUGCUUAUGCUGGGCAGUGGUGGUGCAGCCCUUUAAUCCCACUCUCGGGAGGCAGAGGCAGGCGGGUCUCUGAGUUUGAGGCCAGCCUGGCCUACAGAGUGAGUUCCAGGACAGCCAGGGCCACACAGAGAAACCCUGUCUCAAAAAAUAAACAAACAAAACUGUAAUUAUGUGUAGGCGCAUGCACACACCACAGCACACGCAUGGAGAUCAGAAGACAACUUUGGGGAGUCCUCUUCUUCAUGUGGGUCCUGGCCGAUUGUGUGGCUUGGUAACAACCAAUUUUACCUACUGAGCCAUCUUGCCUGCCCCCAAAUAAACCUUUAAAAUGCUAUGUACAGCUGAAAUCCUCAGACUGAGAGAGAACCAGGGAGCCUGAGCAUGGCCUGGAGCCCGGCUCUUGCCCUUCCCACCCUGCCCUGUGUAUAGGGAAAUCCCUGGCUCUCUUGUUUGGCUCCAGUGUCCUGAUGUGAUGGAAGUCACAUGCUCAGGAGUUGAGGCUGUAGCUUAGCCAGUGAAGUGUUACUCAGCAGGCACAAAGCCCAGCGUAACCCAGGCAUUGUAGUGCAUACCUGUAAUCCCAGCACUUGGGAGGUAGAGGCAGGAGGGUCAGAAGUUCAAGGUCAUCCUUGACUAUGCAGCAAACUGGAGGGCAGCCUGGACUACAGAAGAAAUUGGGCCUGGAAGGCGACUCAGCACAUAAAAGGCUUUGCCACAUAAGCCUGAUGACCCACGUUUGACCCUGGACCCCAGAUAUAGAACCAGGUGCUGUGGUGUGCGCACACCUGUGGAGACAGCAUCCUUUUAAAGCUCACAGGCCACUAGCCUGGGGUAUACAGAGCAGCGGGAGAACAAGGUGGAAGGCAAGAACCAACUCCCAGAAGACAUGCUAUACCUUUUUAUGUGGAUAAGACAUUUUAAAAGCCAAAUAAAAUUCAAGUACUCACAAGGA